CUCUUCGGGUUUCAAUUCAGAGAAAGAGAGAAAACAGGUAUGCACAGAACAGAGAGAGAGAGAGAGAGAAAACAACAACACUCAAAUACGUUGAAAUCCUAGGUUUUAUUCCUCUCGACAAGGUUUCGAAGUAGAUAGAUAGAGACAAAAAAGAAGAGAAAAUAAAUUUUAUUUCGUUUAUUUUUUUUCUUCCCUUGGUUUGGUUCACUGGGCAGGGUUUGAAUUAGGGUUUUGAGGGAUUGGUUAAUCUUGGUUUGUUUUGGAAUUGAAGUUUGUGAUUGUGUUUGGGGGUGGCUGGGGCACCUCGUGAAUGGUGUUUUUUCGACGGAUGGUUUUGAAAUUUCGUGAUGUGAGUGAAGUGGGUGUUUUCUAGGGUUUGUGUGUGUGUUGUUUCAAUGGGGAGUAUGGGUGACUCGGACAGAAAACGACGUCACUUUAGCUCCUUGUCCCCUACGCCUGCAGCUGCUACUACCAAGAAGCUACCCUUCUUGCCCGUUUCUGAAGACAAAAAGCUUGAUAUUGUUGUACUUCAGUAUCAAAAUCAAAAGCUUACACAAAAACUAGAAACUCAGAAGUUAGAGUAUGCAGCUCUUGAGAAUAGAGUUUCUCAACUGAAGGAGAGGCAAAAGUCAUAUGAUUCCACUUUAGCAGUGGUCAGGAAGUCUUGGGAGCAGCUGGUUAAUGAUUUGGAGUCAUGUUCUGAAUGUACGAGAGAGUCAAGCAGCAAAUCAAAUUCUAGAUUUUCAUCAACCAUGGAAGAUGGUAGUCCAUCUACUGUUCAGGAUGUGUUUCUUGGCCGGCUAAUGCAAACUGGUGCAACUGAAUGUGCCUCCACAUGUAACUAUGCAAACCAGAUGGAAGAGCAAACGGAAAUUAGUACUGAAAAAGCUAAAAGCGUUUUAAAAAAUAUAGUCAUAUCUGUUAAUAACCUUUGGGUUCUGAUGGAUGGAUUGCGUACUGCAUUACUGAAAAAGCUUCCUGGAGAUGUUUUGUGUAGGCAGACAUUGUCCUCUGAUCUUGAGGUGAAAGUUAAAAACUUGAGAUUGGAAUUCAGUGAACUUCAUUUGAAGCACAAGUCUUUAGCAAGUGAGUUCCAAAUUCAGAGAGAUCUUGAUGCCAAAAAUAAAGCUGACCUUGAAAGAUUAAAAGGGGAACUGGCAAGCACUGUUGAAGAGCUGGAAGAAAGCAAUCACAAACUGGCAACUCUUAAGGCAGAGAGAGAUGCUGCAAAAGGGGCGGUUCUCCCAGUCUUGAAUGUUGGAAGUACUCACAUUCCUAAUGAUAAAAUCAGAGAUAAGCAAAAGGAUUUGCAAGAUAUGGAAUCUACUUUGAAGGAGCUAUUGGAACAAGGUUCAACUCGAUUAAUUGAACUGAAAAGUCUUCACGAGGAAAGAAUACGAAUAUUACAGCAGUUAUGUGAUCUACAGGUUUGUUUUCCUCCGAACAUUGUACUCUAA